UUUCCAAAUGAAUUUUAAAUUGCUGUAUCUAGUUGUAUCAAAACCAUUCAUCCACACCUUUCGUAAGUCAGUUUUUCUGUUGACAGUCAUGAGGAUUGCACCACUGGUAACGCUGCUGAUUUCACUUUUCCUGGUGGAAAAUGUCAGUGUGUUUAGAAUCUUCGCAAGUGGAAAACAUCACCUCCUCGGAAAUUUCCCCCUCUUUUAGAUUUUUUCUACCUGGCCAAGUAGCGCCAAAAACUACAGUUCGAACGAAGCUCAAACCAUUGACAACGAAGGCAAACUCGAAGAAUCAACCAAUCAUUCAGUGGCCUACAAAGGCAAGUAGCAGAAUUACAACAACCACCAAGCGAAAUGGACAAACCACCAAACCUAUCAGGAAUCAGCAGUUGCAAAAAACAACCCCAAAGCGUACUCAAACUACUAAAGCAAAGGGCAAAACAGUCACCACUACGCAGAAGCUUGCUCAAAUGAAGAAUACUACUCCACGAGCGGAUAAACCCCCAAAGCCAUUGCAUGCGCUUUUUUUCAACAGUCCUUUUGCAGAUUUGACAAAAAGGGUUUCCGAGCCUACCCUAAUCGGAAUACCAAAAUCGCCGUCCUCGACAAAUUUCAGCUCGUUCGACUCCACGAUGAUUGUUGGAUACGGGAUUACAUUUGCGCCAACAACCAGCACUACCACUGAGGACUACGAAGAUUACGGCAAUUUAACUACCACAGAGGAGCCGGAACUGUACGACGACCUGAGCGCGAGCAACAACACGGCCUGGACGGUAUCGUUGCCGACCAUGGUUCCGGACGCGACCACCGUCGAGGAAGUAACUCGGAAGCGGUUGAAACGUCGCAAGACGACCACCAUCGAUCCGGCCCUCACCACCAGACGUCGGCUGAAGCGCAGGAAAACGACCACCGUUGGGCCGGAAAAUGUCUAACUGAUGAGUGGAAUGAAUCAGUUUUCAAUAAACAUGUUAAUUUCUUUAAAUUAGACUUUUUAAGAAAAAAAAUCUUUCCAACUUCGCUUCGUUGGAUUUCGU